UUUAUUUUAAAGAACAAAAUGCUUCCCAAAGCAAUUGUGUUUCUCGUUCUUCUAGUAGCGGCUUUUGCGGAGAGAUCUCAUCUCGAUUUCCAAGGAAAGGUAUAUAAACCUUUCUUGUCCCGUGUUACCGGAGGUAGUGAGGCCCCUGAAGCAAGUUAUCCGUACAUAGUUUCCCUUCAAUGGAAUAUAAACAAUGUGCAUUAUCAUUUCUGCGCUGGAUCUAUUUUGAAUAACCAAUGGAUCUUAACCGCAGCACAUUGUCUACAUGAAAUUUUUUUGGUAGGAAUUAACAAUGUCGUCGUCAAAGCUGGAAAACACAACAUUCAAAUUGUCGAAAGCACCGAACAAAUAGUUCAAAUUGAACAAAUUUUCAAACAUGAAAAAUAUUUAUCUAGUUAUACCUUUUAUGACAUUGGUUUGAUCAAGCUUAAAAAUCCAUUAAAGUUUACAAAGGAAAUACAAGCCAUCGAGUUAUCUCAAGCAGAAAACGAAUCAAUUAAAACUGCAUAUCUUUGCGGAUGGGGAUUAAUUUUAUCAGACAAUGUUUUAAGUGACCCGGAUAAACUUCAGCAUAUUAAGUUGACAUACAUCGAUCAUAAAAUCUGCAACUUAUUUGUCAAAAUUCGAUUAGGAUAUUCACUUGUUGAUGAAACCAAUAUUUGCACUGGACCUUCUACUAAUAGAAUCUCUGCAUGCAACGGUGACUCUGGCGGUCCUCUGAUCACGUAUUAUGGACAAAAGCCGGUGCUCAUUGGAAUUAUAUCUUGGAUCAUACCACCAUGUGGUACAUCACCAACUGUGUAUACUAAGGUAUCCAAAUUCAAUGCAUGGAUUAAAGAAAAGAUUGCUAAUUAUACAACACAUUUGUAUUAAUAUACCAAUGUAUAAAUAUCUUCAUCGUCGUUUAUUUUUAUGUAAAACAAGUAUAUAAUAUAUGUAAAACAAGUAUAUAAUAUAAUACACAAUGGAAUUUACAUAAUGGAAAUACUGUUUUUAUUUCGAACCUAUUGUGAUGUGUAAAAAUAAAUAGAAAAACUUAAUUAAAUAAAAUAAUAUUAAGGAGUUAUUUAAUUAAUUUUAAGUGUUCU